UGCGACUGUAAAUUUUAGAAAGUCGCGUGUGUUUCGGUUAUCUUACUUAAACUACAUAAUGAAGUAUUGUGUUUAAUUUUAAUUACGGAUAAUUUGUCAACAUAUUUAGUCCAGGCCUGCAUAUUGAUUCUACUUCAUACCAGUGAUUGGUGAUUACAAGACAACGCGACAACCACCCACAGAGGUUAUCGUACAUUAGUCAUUCUGCGCUUGCGACUCAAAGAACGAAGUUAGUCGUGACAUUAUGCGAGAAAUCGGGUAAUAUGCGUCUGGUGUUUUUAGUGUUUCCAUUUUGUUUGAGUGUUAGUUUAACGUACGAUAUGAUUGUGGGGGAUACAGUGCACAAGAAAAUGGUGUUUCACCAGAGGGUGAAAGAUUUUGCAAUACCCUUCAAGAAAAGAAUAAAGACGCUGAGUUAUAGUGACUCGGAGAAAAGAAUUAUUAAGGGAAUAGCAACAAUAGACAAUGACUUUUCACAUGCCAGUGCAAACGUAACAGAAGGUGGUGUCGGAUAUUCAUACGUUACCGUCAGAAUGAAGAGUCAAAGAAGCCAUCCCCUUAAUUUUGAAGUAGAAAUAUAUGUAUGAAGAAGAAAACUACCCAUCAUGUUUUCAACUUUUAGGCAGAUCCAAAUCGUAUUUAGUUUUGAUCUGGGCCCGCCAUUAUCAUAGUGUAUUCCCGAUUGCAUUAGCUGUAUGGUUUUGAUCGAAUGGAAUCUACUCAAUCUACUUCCGUGGACUUCGUAGAAGAUCACUAAAAGACAAAAGCACUAACAAUUUAUGCUUCAAAAAAUUCUAAGAUAGGUUGGCAGGCAGCCGACUACAAAAACUUUCAAAAUCUUUUUUCCGAUGUAUAAAGUACCUAUCACUUAAAUGCUCUUUUGUGAACUUCGACCUUCAAAACCUAUGGAUGAGAGAAACGGGAAAUACACUAUGUGUAAUGAAAGAAAGAAUAUUUUGAUGCAAAUCUUUCUAAAGUUCCAUUAUAAUCUUAACUAAUAGGGCAGCUAUUCUGGAAUGUAAAAUGUACUGUCGUAUCGCAAGAAAUUAUUAUGGAACAGGUUUGAUUGAAUAUUAAUUGUUUGCAAUAAAAAUUAAUAUGACGAAAUGUGAUGUAGCAACUAAGUUUUACGUAAAGAUAUUGAGAAUUAAUGUCGCGUGCGACUGUGUGACCUCUAUUCUAAUGACAUAAUUAAUUAAUUUAAUAGUGACUUUAUGCCAAAAAAAAAAUUAAUAAAUAAAUCUAAUUGAGUGAAGAAAUAAGCAUUCGUUAUUCUUUAAGAGUAGGAACGCUGGACAGAAUAAGAAAAUGUAAUGUUAUUAUGAACUAGCAGAUACCAUAGAAUUUUUCAAUAUAAAAAAUAACCGUAUAAUAGAAAUAAAAAAUAAAUUAGUAAUUAUUUAAUUUUAGGUUUAUCAAAGCUUAUUAUUUUGUGUUAUUGUGAUGUUUAUAAUACAUUAGAAUUCUUGUUAUUUUCAAAUUACAUAUCAAACGUAAAUAUAAAUCAAACGUUAGAAGAAACAUUUUUUAGAAGUAAGUUAUAAUUUAUCUGAUACUUUAAAUUUAAAAGAUUUUAUGAUCCAAAGUUAAAUAAUAUGGUUUAUUCUAAAUAAUAACAUGAAGGAAUAAAUAAUUUAAUUAUUUUAAUACCUAGCUAACUAUGGAUUAUGAAUGAAGAAUAAGUUUAGAAUUAUUUAAAUGCAUUAUUGCACAACAAAUAUAAGUGUAAAUAAUAAUAAGUCAUGUAAAUAUUCAACCGCGGUUAUAAAAAAUAAAUAGAUAGGUAAGUACUAAUUAUAUAUAAUAAUUUAAUUUCUUUGUUAUAAUUUUUACUGUUAUAAAUAAACGACAAUAUAAAUUGUUCAUCAUAAGUAAUAAAAAAUAAUGUAAACAUUCA